UCACGGUCAUUGAUAGAAGUCCUCAUAUAUGCUUGGUGCAAUUCGAAGCUAACCAGGAAUAGGUGAAUUUUGAAGACAAAAUAAAAAUCGAAAAGAGUAUGUCUCUGCAAACUUGGAGCAGUAAAAAUGACUAUCAGGAAGAAGAGGACUACAUUACACAAGUGAAAAGAGAAAAUUAUUUAAAAAAGCUGAAAUACAGAAGAGAGCUUCAAAAUCAAAUGAUUUAUCAAGAAAAAAUAAAAAGGCAAUCAUUUGAAAAUCAACUUAAAGAUACUGAGUUAGUGAAUGAUAUUUUACUUCGAAUUGAACAAGAGGACCAAAGAGAGACACUUCAACAAAAAGAGAAAUGUAAGGCCAUCCAAAAAGAUAUCAAAAACUAUGAAUUAAUGCAAGACUUCUGGAAAAAGAAAUAUUUAGAAAGACUGGGAGAAGAAGAAAUAAAGAGAAUGGAUUACUUCUCUGCGAAACAAAAGGAACGAUUAAUUAGGGAAAAAAUAAAAACUGAACGCGAAAUUAAUAGAGAAAAAUAUUUAAUUAGAAUAUCCAAUAAACUUGAAAUGAAAAAGUUAAUAGCGGUUUUUAUAGAGGAGACUAAGCAUUUGAUAUCAAAUGCAAAUAUCGCUCAGAAUGAAGAUUAUCAAAUUAAAAAAGCUAGGGAAGACAAGCUGAAAAAUAAACAAGCACUAUAUGCGGUAUUAAUGGAACAAAUGCGAGAAAAAAAGGAACGAAAUGCAAAGGAAAAAGAAAUAGAAAGAGUUCAGCAUGAAAAAUAUUUUCAAGAAGUAAAUAACAGAGAAAUAUUGAGACGUAAUGCCGAAAACGAAAGAUGGCAAAAUGCUAUACUUGUUCGUAAAGAAAACGAGAGAUUGAUGUUAGAAAAGCGUCAACAAUAUGCUGAAGCAAAGCUAGCAAAUAUAAAGUUAAAAGAAAAUAUUAACAAAAAUCAUCAAGAAUUUCAAGUAUUGUUAAACGAAAACAAAACAGAAAUGCUUCAAAAACAUUUUCUUGAACUAACUGCAUUUUUGCCUAAAAAAACAUUGACUAAUGAAAUAAGCUCUCUCCCUCAAUUUUAGAUUUUCCAAUGAGAUACAUUAGGAUACUAAGAUUUAUAUUAUAUAUUUAUAUCUGUACAAUUUAUUUAUAAAUUUAAUAAACUAUUAUACAAUUAGAA